GUAUACAAUGUAUAUACUAUAUACUCCAUGAUAUAGAUAGAACUGAUAGACAUGUCGGGUUCUCUCAGUCAGGAAGUAGGAGAAACGCUGACAGUGGAGGAGAUCGGAGAGAUGGAAUCCACCACACAGAGAGAUUUCCUUGUUGAUGGUUUUGUGCCGCAGACACCACUUCCCACCAAGAGUCGGGAUUAUUGGACGGAUCCGGCUGUCACCUUCUGGACAGAGAACCUGCGCGGUGUCACGGGGGUAUCAGACGUCCGGAGCCGGGACACUCCCUUCAAAAAGAGUUCGGCUUUCUCUACCCCGAUAUCCCAGAAUCUGGACCAACCUGUUCCCUACAGCCUGGAGAAUUAUCCCAACAUGUGAGCGGCAUCCUCACCACCAGACAUCAUCAUCCUCACCAUGGACAUCAUCAUCCGCACCAUGGACAUCAUCAUCAUCCGCACCUUC